UCAAGUCUGACUCUUCUUGCGGGGAUGAUUACGUCGAGUUUAAUUUCAAUGAAGUGUUAGACAAGGAUGCCUUUAACACGAUGGAAACGAUGUCCAGUAGUGAUCUGUGCGAGGAGCUGGCCGGGGCACGCCAUUCAGAAAUCGGAGUACGGCAUUCGAAAACCGGAAAAGGUCAUUUGGAAACCGGAGAACACCAUUCAGAAACAGGAGAAUAUCAUUCACAAACAGGAGAACACCAUUUAGAAACAGGAGAAUACCAUUUAGAAACAGGAGAACACCAUUUAGAAACAGGAGAAUACCAUUUAGAAUCAGGAGAAUACCAUUUAGAAACAGGAGAACACC